GGCUUCCACGCCCCGCGUUAUCCCCACCGUGCACCCCCAGUGCCCGCCUUUGUUCGCAUCACAACAAUCCCUGAACAGAUGGUGCUCUGCUUGGGAUUCGAGUGACAACCACCGGCUAGCAACCAAUCACCUGCUCGGGAAUCAGCUGACUCGCCUGGACAGCGCCAGGUGCUGUCAUCAUAUUUUCCUUGGCGACGCAGCACGGGUUCAACAACACGGAGACGCGACGGAUAGUAGUCAGUCAGCGCGUUCCCGUUGCAAGGAUACCUGCAAGCCUGGCCAUGCGCUCGGCGAAGGUUGCAUAUGAACGUUCGCAGAGUGGAUGUAACGGAGAGAUGCACGUGUAAUCGUCAAACAAUGCAUUUUGCGGAACUUAAAAGCGACGAGAUGGAUUUUCUUUCCAGAAUGUAUCUUCUGUUCACAAGGGCAUAGAUUCAGUAUCUGGCAUCUGAAACAGUCAACGCCAAAGCAGGACUUCAAUGCCAUUGGGAACGUGUAGGCUUUUAAGCCAAAGAGGCCAACUCUUCAGUCUCAGGUUCAAGCUGUGAGGAACUUUCAGUCCUAUAUGAGCCCACAGGAACUACACCCUUGUAAAUCUUUCCGAAGCUCUUUGACUCCCCCGCUUCAGCAGCUUUCAGAAGGAUAAAAGGACUAUUCUGCCACACUUCUGUUGAAAGAGAAUCUCACCUCACCAUCUUUUAGCCGCUAGAGAAAUUCUAGCCCAGAUCUAAGAGGAUAAAGACUUACAGUCAGAAUGGCAAAAGGGACUUUCUUUUUUGUAGCGCAGGGCCGGUUUUGUCUUUUCCUGCCUCUGGUUUUAUUUGGCAUCUCCUCUGUUCAGAGUACAGAAUGUCCUCAGCUUUGCGUCUGUGAGAUCCGGCCUUGGUUCACGCCCCAGUCCACCUACAGAGAAGCGACUACCGUUGAUUGCAAUGACCUUCACCUCACGCGCAUCCCUGGAAACCUGUCCUCCGAUACGCAGGUGUUGCUUCUCCAAAGUAACUACAUUGCCAGAACUAGCGAGGAGCUGGAACAGCUGCUGAAUCUCACAGAACUCGACCUGUCCCAGAACAACUUCAGCAACAUCCGUGAUAUCGGCUUGACCAACAUGUCGCAACUUACAACGCUUCACCUGGAGGAGAACCAGAUCGUUGAGAUGCCAGACUUCAGUUUGCAAGACCUCAGCAAUCUGCAGGAGCUGUACAUCAAUCACAAUCAGAUCAGCUCCAUCGCUCCCAAUGCCUUCGCCGGUUUGCGUAACCUGCUUAGGCUCCAUCUGAACUCCAACAGGCUUAAGGCCAUCGACAGCCGCUGGUUUGAAUCAACGCCCAACCUUGAGAUCCUUAUGAUUGGGGAAAAUCCAGUGGUUGGCAUCCUGGAUUUGAACUUCAAGCCACUUACCAACUUGAGAAGCCUGGUGUUGGCUGGAAUGGAGCUUACGGAUAUUCCCGGCAAUGCCUUUGUUGGACUAGACAACUUGGAGAGUCUCUCUUUCUAUGACAAUAAACUUGUCAGGGUUCCGCAGACCGCUCUGCAGAAACUUCCGAAUUUGAAAUUUCUGGAUUUGAACAAGAAUCCGAUCCAUAAAAUUCAGCAAGGAGACUUUAAGAACAUGCUAAGGCUGAAAGAACUCGGCAUUAACAACAUGGCAGAACUUGUACUCAUCGAUCGCUUCGCCCUGGAUAACCUUCCGGAAUUGACCAAACUUGAAGCCACAAACAACCCCAAGUUUUCCUAUGUAAACCGAUUAGCAUUCCGUGACUUGCCGUCAAUAGAGAGUCUAAUGCUUAAUAACAAUGCUCUCAACUCCCUGUACCAGGCGACAGCAGAGUCCCUUUCCAACCUGAGGGAGAUCAGUAUCCAUAGCAACCCUCUGCGGUGUGACUGCGUCAUUCAGUGGAUGGGCUCGAACCGGACAACCAUUCGAUUCAUGGAACCUCUUUCCAUGUUCUGUGCGAUGCCACCUGAGGUUAGAGGUCAGCGUGUGAAAGAAGUACUUUCUCACGAAUCUACAGGUCAAUGUCUGCCCAUGAUUUCUCACGACACAUUCCCCAACCACCUCAACCUGGACAUCGGGAUGACUGUAGACCUUGACUGUCGCGCAAUGGCCGAACCUGAACCAGAAAUAUAUUGGGUUACACCGUCUGGUAACAAAGUAAUGAUAGACACAAUAUCCGAUAAAUACCAACUCAACAGCGCAGGAACUUUGCGCAUAUCCCAUAUUCAAGUGGACGACUCGGGUCACUACACUUGCGUGGCCCAGAAUACAGAAGGAGCUGACACACGGGUGACCGCUAUUCGGGUGAACGGGACUCUUUUGGAUAGCACUCAACUUAUGAAGAUCUACGUGAAACACACCGAGUCCCACUCGAUUUUAGUGUCCUGGAAAGUGAACUCCAACGUCAUGAUGUCCAACCUGAAGUGGUCAUCGGCCACAAUGAAAAUUGACAACCCACACAUCACCUAUACAGCUAAAGUUCCUGUAGAUGUACAUGAGUACAACCUCACCCACCUUCAGCCGGCCACUGAGUACGAGGUUUGUCUCUCUGUCUCCAACAUCCACCAGCAGACUCAAAAGUCUUGUGUCAACGUCACAACCAAACACGCAACGUUUGCCGUCGAGAUCUCCGACCAAGGCACCAAUAUGGCUCUUGUGGCUGUUUUGGGAACAAUGCUGGCCAUCAUCAGUCUGGGGUCCAUAACGGUCUACAUCGCCAAGAGAUGGAAGAGGAAGAACUACCAUCACUCCUUAAAGAAAUACAUGCAGAAAACCUCCUCCAUCCCCCUAAAUGAGCUGUAUCCACCCCUCAUUAACCUUUGGGAAACGGAUAGUGAAAAGGACAAGGAGGGUUCUUCAGAAACGAAACCCAGCCAGGUCGACACAACUAGAAGUUAUUACAUGUGGUGAAGCCUGCCAGACUUUUCUUCUUCAGAGCACAAAGACACAUCUUUGCCUAUUUGUGCGUCAAAAAGACAUGGAUUUUCCUUUUUGUCUGCUUUGCUUACAGCAAGCAACUACUCAGACUGAUAUCUCUGACUUUUUAGUAGAGUGUAUUGCCUUUCUUCUUUGACUUUCAAUAUGGCAGCUUUGUUUAGCUUCCAAGACAUGUUAGUAGCUGUGCUUUUUCUUUCGUUAUAUUUUAAUAGCACAGCGUAGAUUAUGUCAAGGAUGUGGGUCGACUGAUGCUGUAGCACCGUACCCGAUCCCGACAUCGAUAUGUCUUUGGCAGUAAUCAUAGAGAAUGCAUUGUUUCUUUCUCUCUUUCGUAAGACAGUUUAACUGUUGUGCAUUGAGAUAUAUUAACAAAAUCGUCCUUGGACUCCACUGUAAGCUGACAAGGUGAAUUUAGACUUGAUACACUGUCUAUUGAAUAAUGUUAGCGAUCGUUCUGUAAUGUUGUAUCAACUAUAAUUUGAACAUUUUGGAUUUUCUCAAAUAUACAGUAUGUUUUGAUUUAGACGUUAACUUUGCAGAUAAAAGAACUGUAAACCAGCAAUAGAAACGUGAAUGUUUAAUAUUUAGGUAGUAGAAAUGCUUUUUUUAAUGAUUCAGAUUCUUCUUUUUUAUUUGGCUAGAAUCUGUUAAUCACUUAAUUUUUGUUGUCAUUUACACAUGCAAAAUAUGUUAUUACAGCGCAAACAAAAAUAAAAAUACUGUUUUGU